AUGGAUUCUGAACUUUCAAGAACUUUUGCUGAACUAUCUGAAUUUUAUGAAAAAAUUGCUGCUGAGAGUUCUACAGCAAAAAUUCACUUAAAAUUAAAGGAAUUGUACAGAUUAAUUCAACAAUAUCAAUUUAAGACUGACCAGAUAAGUUCCUUCAAAACCAGCGACUUAGAAUUAUUCCUAUCAGUGGUAAAAUAUCUGCUAAAAUUAAUUAUCAAUCAAGAUUCUCCCGCUGAUCUCAUACUACUCAGCAGUACUUGUUUGGCCUUACUUUCCUGUGGAAUCCUCAGUGCAGAAACUUCACCUUCAUUUCUGAUUCUCGUGUUACACAUUAUAGGUGAAUGCGAAGGCUCGCUAGAACUAGUGGAAAAAAAAUUGGAUGAUGCAUUUGGACUGAUAAAAUCUAAUAAUAACCAUAAUGCUUUACAAUCAUACUCUGAAGAAUAUCUCCAAGAAGUCAAAUCUAGAAGUAAACUGCCUUCGUUUGGACAGUUAGCUAUUUUGCAUGGAAUGAUAUCCACUCAAAAGCAGCAGCUUUUUGCUGCAAAAAUUGUCAAAGAUGAUUACCGUCCAUUUUUGGUCACUCUGUUUGAUUCCCUGCAUUUCUGUUGUGUUUCUCUUUCUAGUAUGCAGUUUCACACUUACAGCACUUUGCUCAAUUGGUUGAGGAUGUGCGUCAAAUAUUAUAAUGAGAUUUUUUCAAGUCAAACACAAUACUUCUCUCCAGAAGGCGAAGUAACUUGGAAGUUACUGCCAUUGCUAGAAGCUAGUUGGCAGAGUCCAGUGAAAGGAAUAAAUGGACUGGUGAAAGAAAUUUAUCGAUUGAUUAUAUCUCUCUCAAAAACUGAAAAGGAGUUCCAAAAUCUGAGUGGCAUUGAUUUGACAGAAUAUUUGCUAAGUUAUGUUUUGAAAAUGAAUUGGAAAGUUAAAGGAAAAUACCUUGUGCUCUCUGUCAUUUUGCAACAUGUGCCAUAUGAUAAGUUUUUUCAAGAGAAUCCAGAAGCUCCAUCUGAAAUUGUGUUCAAUCUCAAAGCAAAUUAUUCUUCGUCAAUUAUAGGUGAAGUUUAUAAAAUUCUAGUUUCUAAGAUGAUGGAAAGCAAUGACCCUGAAAAACUCUGUAGUGAAUGGUCUAGAUGGUGGAAAAAGCCUAUUCUAGAUGCCUUGCACAGUGAUGAUAAGUUAUUGGUUCAAAAUAUAAUAAAUAUAAUAUUACCAUGGACAAUGAAAUGUUUUCCUGAGUCGUACAAGUUGUUGCUAAAAAAUGAGAACAAAACAAACAUUAUGGCAGUUCAACUCUCUCUGUUACGAGUUGCUAAGGAAUCUGGUGCACAUGGUUUACAAAAACAGGAUAUUAAAUUGCUCAGUGAAAAUUUGCAUCACUGUGACACUCAAAUUCGAUCAGAAGUUCUUUCAACCAUUUGCUCCUCUCCCAAAAAAUCAGCGUCAUUAUCAUCGGAAGAACUACAACUGGUUAUGGAAUUUAUUGAAUACAAUAUGAAUAUUGAUUCAGCUUCAUUUCAUCAGCAGCUGUUAGCUCAAUUACGUACACUUCUGGUACGAAUUAGGGAUAGCUUAGCUCAAGAAUAUCGUCUGAAAUCAAAAAGUGUUGAUUUUGAAUUGGAUCUUGCUCAAAUAGGAUUUAUAGAAUGUCUUCUGAAAACAACUUUUAAAAACCUAUAUCCUGGAGCUUGCUACCAACGAAGAAAUUUUUGUCUUCAAGUUUUGAACAUGGCUUUUGAGGUUUUUGUAGAGAUUCCGACUACUGUCAAACGCAAAGAAAAACCAUCCAGAUUUGUACAGUUAGUUAUUACGUGGGCUCAAAAUCAUAACAUGUGGCUUGCAUUUAAAAACAAGAUGCUGUGGAAUAUUAUUCCAUGCAUGACUGAUUUCACAGAUGAGAUUCGGUCAGUAACUGCAGGCAUACUUCUUGAACAUGCAUCCUUAAAUACUGCAGAUAGGGAUAGUGAUGCAAUUUACAGUGUGAAUUUUUUGUCAAACUUUGCUUCAACUUUAUGCAGCAAUCCGGAUUAUCGAAGCAACGAUGGCGGUGCCCAUCUGUAUCGGAUAUUGUUUAAAAUAUAUUGUAAGGAAACUGAAAAUGUUCCUGAUUCUAAAUGUAAUAGAGCUUUAUCUUUUUUAAUCAAUAUUUUAAAGGAAGCAAGUAUUCAGUUCAUGUCAGCUAAAGAGAACUUUUAUGUAGCUGCAUCUUGUGCUCCUAUUCAUGGUUUCCUUCUUGCUCUCCAAUACUGCAUUUCUGAUUCAAAAGAUGUUUUAAAACAAUCUUCACCGAAUGAAGUGACCAGAAUAAACACAUUCAUUGCUACAGUCAUCAACUUGUGUAAAGAUAUUAUCCAUUAUAUGUUGAAUAUCAUGAAAGGAAGUGAUGACAUUUAUAACUGUCCAUCAUUUUUUGAUAUUGGUCAAGCCUUAAGAAACUUGUUACCAUCCAUUAAUGUGAUUUCAACUAAUAGUACCAUCGAGAAUAGUUUAGAUGAUGUAAAUACUGCUGCUGAAGUGGAUUUAAUGCUUUCUUGCUGUUGGCACAGCAUCAAAAACAGCUGUUUUUUACUCUGUGAAAUUUCUUCCAUUGCUUCUUCUAUGGAAAUGGAUUGUAUAUUAAAAGAAGUAUAUGUACUUGAAAUUGCUGGAAUUUUAUUUGAGACUUUGACUAAAUGCAGACAUAGAGGUGUUGUAGAGGCUUGUAGUCUGGCCUUGAAUACAUUUUGUCUUUACCUGUCAAAUGAUGGAAGUUUACAUGAAAAAAUUUCAAAGCUGCUUUUAAAAUCAGCUCUUAAUUCAUUGUCAGACACCUCUACAUCAGUCACAAGAAGAUCUGCUGGUCUUCCUCUACUUUUCCAAGCAGUGGUCUGUAGUGAAACAAAUAAUAUCAAUAGGAAGUUACUUUCAUAUGCUGUUGAAGAAUUGUUGAAUCUAAUUUCCAGUCCACUUCUCACAAAUGACGUAAUUAGUAAUAAAAAUGAUUUGCCUCAUGCUCAUGCUUAUCACAUCUUGAAAGCUCUCGUAAUGGACUCUAGUUUGUCUCAAGCGAUACUUUCUCACAUUGCCUCCAUUAUACCGGUCUGCAUAUCAGGAUUUUCAUCUCCUUAUUGGCCUAUUCGUAAUGGAGCUUUACAGUUGUUUGGUGUUCUAUUACCACGUGUCUGCGGACAAAAGAAAGAAAGAAGUGAUGACUCUGAACAUAAUUUAAUUUCUCCUGUUGAACUUUUUGCCCGAUGUCCUGGUCUGAAGGCAUACUUGCUUCAGCAACUCAGGAUCUGCAUUGAAUAUCAUCAGAAGAAUCAAUUGUCUUCUGAAUUAAUACCUAUCUUAUCAAUUAUUGUUAAACUAUCCCCUCAACAAAGAGAUGCUAAAGAAUCUAUUGCAGAUUUUGAACCUAUGCUUUUUGAUCUUUUGGACAUCCCAGUGUGGAAAGUUCGUGAUUUAAUCUCAUCUGUGCUAUCACAAUCGUUAAGUAUUGAUGAUGUUCAUAAUCUUCUGAGAAAAAUUAAGGAGGAUAUUAACGCAUCACUUUUCAAAUGUAAUAGAAUUCACAGCAUCUUGCUUACAAUUCAAAAAUUCCUGAGAAAAAUGAAACCUGGCCAUUCCUGCCUCACAAAGAUACAGCUGAGUCUCGCAGAUCUGUAUCUUCUGGUAAGCAAGAAGACUAAAGUACCCUUGCUGUUAGGGACUAUUUUGAAGACAAUUUUACUAUCAGGUGCAAAUGAAAUUCCUGCCACUGAAGAAAAUAUUUUAUGCUUUGAAGAUUCCUCUGUGAUAGGAUCUGAUUAUUUUUUAUGCCAGACUGUUAAGUUCAAGGUCUUGAAGUCAAAAAUGUCAUCCAUUCCUGGAACUGUAAAAGAUGUAAUGGAAGCAAGUCAAAAUGUGAAAAUCAUUUGCCUAAAUUCUUUGUCAACUCGUUGGAGUUUAGAAGAAAAAAGUGGAGAAAUCCUUGAAGAAGAUAAGUAUCACUGGAAGCAAAUAUUUGAAUUACUCAUGAAUUUCAUCCUGCCAUCCCAGCAUCCUUCUGUAAGACUUGAAGCAUUAAUGUUUAUGAUAUCUCUCUGCAGCCAUUCACAAGUUGGAAUAUUUUGUUUGGAUUCCGCUGUAACUGCAGAAUUAAAUAGCAAGUUGCAAUAUUAUCUGGAUCUCAAAGCGGGCUUUUCUGAGAGUGCUGUGUCUCUAACAAUGCUUUCAUUGUCUGCUAAAGCUGAUUGCAAGAGUACAAGCGCACAUAAAAGCAAGUGGGUACAAAAUUGGAUUUCUGUUUUCCACUUGUUUGCUCAACCCAGGAGCUCUGAUGUGAGGAGGAUGCAUGCUGCACAGUCUCUCUCAAUUAUUGGGCCCUUUCUAGUUCAAUAUUUGAGUGCUGAAAUUAAAGCUGGAUCUGACAAUGCUCUUUCUGCAUUCAUCGGCUUGUGUGAAGAUAGUAUACUACUCUUGCAAGAUGAAGAUGAAGAUAUUAGAACAAAAGCAUGUGAGUUUCCAUCAAAUUUGUCCCAUAAAUAUGAAGUAAGUCAACUUUACUUUCAUCUUUGCAAAAACAUUGUAUGUGAGCUCUUGUAUGAAACAUUACAGUCCCAUAAUUAUUUUAUACUGUAUCUAUGGAAUCAACUUCAAAACUACCCUUCAACUUCUAAGAUUUUACAGUCCUGUAAUCGCAGUGUAAAAAUGAACCUUUUUGAACAAGAAUAUGUCAAUGUGUUUGCUGAACCAAUCCAGUUAAUAUUUUAUUAUCACUCAUUUUUCAUAAAAAUGAUGGAGAAACUAUUUGAACAAGAUUAUGACUUAUGGGAAGAAAAAACCGCCAUGUUCUUGCGUGAUUUAAAAGUGGAUUUAGAGGAUACAUAUUUAAUACUGUCAUCUAUUAACUGGAAUAAGUUAAAUCAAAAUUUUACAUAUCAUCAUCGUGUGUUUUUAGCUCUAACUAAGUUAUUUUCUCUAGUUAACGGUUUGCUCAGGCAGGAAUUUUUAAUUUCCACCUGUGAUAAAGCAAAUCAUUUUAAGCAGCAUUUCCAAGAAAUUUCUGACUGCUGGAUGCAUGUGCAGGACUUAUUGCCACCUACAACUAUUUGGCUUUUAAGAAAUUUUCUGUUUUUAUGAAAAACGAAGAUGUAUAAUGUAAAAAUUUA